CCACAAGAGGUUAAAAAUGAUAUUCAAUGGCUGAAGUGGUUUCUGUUGCUUUUUCUGAGUACUUUAUUGCAUGAUCACACUUUCUUACGUACGUAUACGUACAAUUUUGGAACACAAUAAAUAUACGUUCAAAAUAAAAGAUACCAAGAUAUUCUGAGUUCAGGGACAUAUUUGUGGUGGUACAGAUUUGCCUAUCAGUUUCAUGAUUUCCCCGCAUUUUGUUCAUCUAUUAUUUUGUGCCUCAUUUUUUUCCAUAUUUCUUUCAAUUCCAAAAGCCAAAUCUCUCAUCGUUUUCUGUUUACAACAUCACCCACGUCAAUUAACCUUUUCAUUAUGAACAGCAAGUUGCAGAUGCUCUACAAAUAUACCCUUUUUUCCAACAAAAGAACCAACGAUUCAGUGACAAAAAAUUUCAAACCUCGUAGUAGCGGUAUAAUACAUAUAUUACAACCAAGACGACUACAGCUACAGCAACAGUGCCGCUCUUUCCAUUCAUCGCCUAUCAUAAGCCGUAGUUACUAUUUUGACACUUUCAAAUUUGUUGAACGACUCGAAAAGCAAGGAUUUACUCGAAAACAAAGUGAAGCCAUUAUGAUUGCUUUACAAAUAGUCAUUGCAGAAAAUAUGAUGGAUAUAUCAAAAAUAAUGGUAUCGAAAGCCGACAGAGAUAAGGCCAUCUAUGCUUAUAAAGUAGACUUUACACAACUGAAAUCCGAAAUACAGCUGUUAGAACGUAAAAACAAUGACUUUCAUCUCAUGAAAAUUGAAACAGAGCGUCUUGAAAGUGAAUUAGAAAAGCUCAAACAGAAACUGCGGGAAGAAAUAUCGAGGAAUCAAGCACAUGCACGAUUAGAAAUGAGCCUAGAAAGAGGGCAUGUAAGGGACGAAGUAAGUAUCCAGAAAUUGAAGAUCGAAGAGACAGAUACAAGGAUAGAAAGUGAAGUGGCAGGUUUAAGGACACAGAUGGAAGCUACCAAAUUCCAAAUUCUUCAAUAUUUGAUGGGCUCAUUGACAGGUGCCGGUGCUUUAUUCUUAGCCUACUUAAGAAUGUUUAAAUGACCACUCGCAAUAAAUAUUCUUAAAAAAAGCAACGGUU